AUGGCGCAUCGUCAGCGGACCGCGAUCGAAGCGUGGGUACAUCAGCUGCAGCUCGAAGGCAGCAGCACCAACGGCGGCAUUCCCCCCGCGGCGCGCGCUGACAAGCGACUUGACGCGAUCGAGUCUGCAUCGGUAAUGGUUGUACUUCCCACCGUGGCCAACGCGCCGUCAGUACGAGAAAAUCCUAAAAGCCUCGCCGAAUCAGCGCACGGUUACGAGCCAGCCCGUCAUCUCGGCGCUCAAGAGCUUCCGGAGCUGCUCGAGCGGUCCGCCGAGGCUGCGCGCUUCGCGCAGCUGCAGAUUCUCUCCGCCGCGGAAGGAAGAAGCUCCGCGGCGGAUGCCGCCGUCGCCGGCGCAGGCGGAAACUUUCCGCGCAAGGAAGAAGCUUCUCUGCGGCGAGCUCCAGUCAUCCUGCGGAAGGGUUUGCAAUUUGCGAGUCCGUCUCCCGCGGUUCCCGCGUCGCCAGAAAUCACCAUGUCUCGCGACGCGUCGCCAGGAGUCACCAUUCCGUUUCGCGACGCGUCUUUCCCCGUCAUCGAUCCCGUUGCUGUGACGUCGCAGAGCGUCGCGGUUACCAGCCCAAGCUGUCGCACUGUGCCACUUGUCUCGUCGCCGAACUCGCCGCAAGGUUCUGCUGCGAUCGUUCCUUCAUCAACCCCGAAUCGCCGCGCUGGGCAGAAUUUCCGUCAGCCCUCGCGAUUUCACCGGCAACCAGCAGCAGCUAUCCCCACCGCGAAAGACCUCGAUAUGGCCGACAUUGAAGGAAUUGUUACUAAUACAGUAGCUACUAGCAUCCCUACUAUGGAUUUAGACGGAAAUGAUCUCAAUGCAGAGAUGCUCGGAAUGAUGUCUUCGGGAGAUGCAACUGCCGUCGCCGGCGUCGGCCCCAGCCCCUUCCCGGACCAAAUACUAUCGGAUCGCGUUAUCAUGAGGAGACCUCACAGGCAUGGGCAUGCUGGUUGGGGGGGUGGUUUGGAUGGCAGCGGCUCUACUGCAGCAGCUGGUGUUGCAGCAUCUGUGGGUGGAUCCAGUGAUGGUGGAGAUCCUGCACCGGGCGCAUCCAAUUCCAGUGCUGAUUUGGCAGGUGGGACACAAGCACAGCAAGCAAGUCUGGUAUGUCAGUUACCCGACAGCCCUGCUGAGGGGGAUUGGCGACCAAGGACUCGGACACGCUUUGAUGCAGAAGCUAAAGAGCGAGGGGUCAUAAAACCAAGAAGCAUGCGUGAGAGGAGGAGACGAGAUAAGAUCAGUGAGGGAUUGCAACAGCUGCGACGAACUCUACCAGCAGGAGAAGUGGGACCACAGAUAGACACUGCUGCAAUGAUUGAGGUGGCCAUUUCCCAUAUCACUCACCUUCAGUCUCAGAUAAACAGUCUAGAGAGUGCGCUUCUGGUGCAGAGCAUGAUGGAGCAGAGGACCAAUAGGCAAACAAAACCAUGA